AUCUCGUCUUCUUUAUCAAAACUAAAAUGGCUUCUUUUCUUGCAAAAUCUGCCUCAUGCACUAUUCUCUUGAUAGCACUUGUUAUCACACUAACCAAACUUUUAUAUCCCAACCUACUCUCAAUCAUCCUCCCUUUGCUUCCUUUCAUGGUCUACUUCUACCCAUCUAUUUCAAAGCCAUCCACAACAAACCUCCCUCCAGGACCAUUUUCUAUUCCAAUCUUUGGCAAUUGGCUCCAAGUUGGAAAUGACCUUAACCACCAUCUUUUAGCCUCCAUGUCACAGAUUUACGGCCAGGUAUUUCUCCUAAAACUCGGCUCUAAGAACCUAACGGUUGUAUCGGACCCCGAGCUUGCCAACCAUGUCCUGCACACGCAAGGUGUAGAAUUCGGGUCUCGCCCUAGGAAUGUUGUGUUUGACAUAUUCACCGGAAAUGGAUAGGAUAUGGUGUUCACAGUUUAUGGCGAUCAUUGGCGUAAGAUGCGCCGAUUAUGACG